AUGCCGCAGCGCAUAGUCUCGGAGCUGCAGGCGCUGCUUGCGGAAACGCGGCGAAAGCACCCCGAUGUGCGCCAGGCGUGUGAGGCUGCACUGAAGCAAAUAUCUCUUGAUGACCCGGCCAAAGCACUCGAGACAUUAACGUCGAGCGAGCCGAUACAACAAGAGCUGGUCGAUGCGGUCGUCGCUGGAUGCGGCACAAGGACGUCGAAAGUGGCGCUAAAUGCACUGUCAUUGCUGCAUAGAUGCGUUAUGUUGCACGUUAUUCCCACCGCUUCGCUCGGUACCAUCAUCGAGACUCUGCACGGCCUACCGCACCUGCGCGCGGACGUCGACGUACAGUUUAAAAUCCUGCAGACGGUGAGUGCCUUGCUGGUGGCAUAUCCCCAAAUUUCGUCCAAUCUGCUAUCACGCACCCUAAUGCUGUGUUUUGUGCAGUAUGAGCAUGCGCGCGUGCCGGUGGUGAGCUCUACCGCUGCCGCGACGCUCCGCCAGAAUAUCAUGACUAUUUUUGACAAGAUCCUGCAAGAAGACCAUAUUUUUGACCAGCUAGAAGGCGGAAAUGAGGACGCAGCGGCGGCCGCGCCGCCGGCCGUGUAUACCGCGCAGACGCCCGACGGCCCUGUCACAUUAUUCCCCUUUACGCGCGACGCGUACUUUGUCUUUAGCGACUUGUGUGCGCUGGCAAAUGGCGAGCCCGCGAGCUUCUUGCAGCUCUCCACGCUCCCCAAGCCUUUUGUGCUGGAGCUCUUGGAGAGUGUUUUGACGAACCACGCGCGUCUCUUUUCCGCGCGCACUGCAACCAACGCCCCGCGCCAUCCAGAGCUCUUGUACAUCUUGCGCAGCGCCAUGUGCCCAUUACUGCUCAAAGUAUUGAGCGAUCCGCCUGCAUUUAGUGUGUAUGUGCGCACGAUGCGUCUCAUACUCCUGCUCCUCCGCCAGUUUAGCGAGGAGCUUGUGCUGGAGAUUGAAAUCUUGCUGCGCAUGGUACUCAGCACCGCGCAGCCCGACAAGAAUGUCUUGCUUUGGCACCGAGUGCUUGCACUGGAAGUGCUGCGCAGUUUGUGUGCGGAUGGCUACUUUAUGCGCAGAGUAUGGCGCUGGUACGAUGCAGGGCCGCGGGACAAGCCGCGCGUUCCCGUGUUUGCACACCUCGUCGAGACAUUGCGCGACGCCGCUCGCGACGCUGCGUCACAGCUCGCGACCAAUCCUUCGCUCGCCGCUGCGCGCGACCAGAUGCCAGCCACGCCUCGGCAAUCGAUGGAUACGUAUACCUUGUACGGCGCUGCGAGUGCCGCCGUCGCGGGCGUGCGCAAUGCUGCCGAAGGGCUCUUGAGCGUGCGGACCGAGUCAUUCACCGCGCAAAGUGUGCCGCCCACGCAGCUUCUCGACCAGCUGGACAAGACCGAGCCGCCCACGGCAGGAUCCGCGCAGCUUCCCAUACUGUACCCUGCAUCGCUGGUGCUUUGGGCGCAUGUGCUCCUUGCGCAGUCCUUGGCAUACACUGUAGUGCGGCAGUACGCAGAGGUGUAUGCAGACACACUGACGGCACCGCCGGCGAUGGAAGCACAUGGCACCGAGCUGGCUGCAGUGUAUGGAAUGCUACGCAUGGGAGCGCGCCCUUUGAACGAGUCGAUGAAUUUUUUCUUGACGGUGCAAAGCACCGACUACUUGUUUGAGCAAACGCUGCUGGCAGUCACAAACCUCGCAAAAGCAACAGGCAUGCUUGCACUGGACAAGGAGCGUGAUUUGGUGCUCGCGACGCUGAGCGACCUCGCCGUGCCCGCGUCGGCGCUUGGCGGCCAGCCAGUAGAGGCGCGCAACUUGGCGUGCCAAGCGGCGCUCGCCGACGUCGCUGUUGCUUUGGCCGGCAGCUUGCACGCGCGAUGGCGAUCCUUGCUGCGGUGCCUGCUGCAAGCACUCGCGCUCUUGCGCACGGAAAGCUGGGCGCAAGAGAUCAGCGCGCCCAACGUGCGCCCCAUGCAGCCAGUUCCUCCUGGCGGCUUGGCCGACGAGGUGCAUGGUCGGGCAGUGCUUACUACGCUCGCUCCUGCGGCAUUGGAGCCGCGUGCAAUGCGCGCCAAGCUGGGGUGCGUGUUUGCAUACGCCGUCCGCUUGGACCACGCGGCAUAUAUCGAGUUUGUCGAGAUCCUCGCCCAGUUCCUCGUGGACGCUGUCCGACGUUCUUCCACCAGCAAGGAGUACGUCACAGUAAUUCUGCAUGAGAUGCAGCACGUAGCGCUGCGCGACUUGGCACGAAUGAAGGCGCCGGACGACGCCCAAGGCGCCCUUGCCGACGCUCCGGCCUGGACGGCGUUCAGCGCCAGUCUCUUUACGGCCAUGGAAGGUGCAGAAACGCCGCAGGCGUACCGCUUGCAGGCUGCCAGCGUCCUCGACACUGUCCUUGAGGCAUUGCUGCGCGCACACCCGAGCGAGCAGCGCACUGUGUUUGCAUCGCUCGCAAAGCAGUCGAUUGCCGACCAUCGCGCGACAAUGACCGACGUAAGCAUCCGCAAAGCGGGAAUCGAUCUUCUCCAGUCCAUCCUUGCCGCGCAUGCUCACCGCCUUCAGCACACCUGGGACCUUGUCUUUUUCAUGUGCCGUGCAGCAGCGCAAGAUGCGCCGCAGAUGCACGCACAAGGAACCUCGCCCGUUCCCCUCCUCAAAGCCGCCUUCUCUUGCGUGCGUUUCGUAUGCACGGACCAUCUCGCGGCGCUGACCGACGCCGAGCUGAUACUGUGCAUCGAGAGCCUUCCGAGUUUCAGCAUGCAAGAAGAAGACAUGAACAUUGCACUCGCCUCCAACGGCGUGCUCUGGGACAUUACUGCCGAUGUGCACCGCCGGCAGCUGCACUCCAAGAGCGGCGUGCCGGACAUGUGGUUCUUCUUCUUGCAGUGCAUGCGCACAGUCACGGGCGUGGCUGUUGCAGAUGUGCGCAACAGCGCGAUUGCGAACCUGUUCCAAGUGCUCAUCCAGUACAAUGCAUCGCUCCCCCCGCAGGAGUGGCCGCGUAUUUUUUCCGAGAUCCUCUUUCCCCUCCUCGACGAGCUCAACACGCAGGUGCAAAGAGACGAGGGCGCCUCUUUAAGCGCCAUACUCGCAUUCCAAGGCACAGCCAAGAUCUUGCGUGCGGCGCUGGAGCGCAACAUGGGCGACGAUGCGCCGAGGAUAUGGCGCAUGUUGCUCGAUCGCAUGUACGAUGCAUACGUGCAGGCACCGCCAAACGUGGCCCAGGUCGCCCUGGACGCCAUGGCCGUUCUCUUCCAAACGCACGCGCUCCAACAGGCCGCGCUGUGGCGCGCUGCGUGGGCCGUGUGGGUCAAGAUGGGCGCGGCGCGCAAAGACGCGACGCUCGCGAACCUCGUCACCGUCGUGGGAAUGCUAGGGGCGCUGUACCCUUGCCUCCUCGCCGAGCCCCGUGCAGAGCAGGUGGAUGAGCUGAUUGGCACGCUGGAGAUCUGUGUCCAACGCGGCAUCGCCAUUAGCGACGUCCCGAACGCCAAGCUCCUGCUGCGGCUCAUGGACGGCGCACAAAGCGCGCUGCUUCGCUUGCCUUCCUGCGAUACGACACCAGCUUUGGUGCUGCAGAGUCUGGGCAGGUAUGUAGGCUAUGCGCUCGAGGCCAUCGACCAAACGCUGCGCUCUCCGCCCCUCUACCGCCUGCGUUUUCAGCUGGCCAAGCAGCUGCUCGCGCGCUGGCAAGAAGGCUACCUGGCGCGCCCAAGCGACGCGCAACUGUACGGCGCACCUGUUUUCGAAAUGCUGCACACGCUGUGCACGCCGCUGCGCGCUAUCAAUGCCGCAGACGAAGCGCCGCACGUCGCAAUGCUCGCAUCCGAAGUACUCUACCACAUUGCACACCUCGGCACGCACAUCGUCGUCGCCACGCUGCCGGACCGUGCGUUGUAUUGGCGGCGCUUGCUUGCAUGUUUCAGUGUGGCACUGCAUGCAUAUACACAGUGGAUCACAAGGGACGCAGACGAUGCUGAGCAAGCAUCUUGCGUACGACUGCUCCACGCACUCGAAUACGACGUACUGCCAGUCCUGGGCGCCGAUCCCCCGGGCUACGAGGCUCUGGACCUGUGCCUUUCGAGCAUGGUAGAUGCGACGCACCACACAACGCAUCCAGGGUUCGGGACGGUGCGCGAACGGUGCGUGUACUGGACGUUUGACACGCUCUUUUCCAUGUGCCGCAUUCAAAACGACGCAAGCGUCGGCCAUCGUCUGGUGGCAGUCCUCGUGGUGCCACGGGUGCUGGACCGCACCAAAGGUAUCAUGAAUGCAUACCUCUCUGACCACCGUGUGUCUGGCGCGAUGCCAUUUCCACGGGUACGGAUCGAGGAGAUGAACUAUACCCUGUACAACCUACUGCACACACGUCUAUUUCGCGGCUGCCUCUUCCUUGCGCUCCGCACCAGUGACCCCAUGGAGAUUAACGAUGCGCUGCACGACGUCCAGACGCACGCAAAUGUGUGCGCCGCGCCCCUUGCGUCGCCUACAGGACACGUAGUGUACCUCGCCGAACAACUCGAAGCCGCCGCAGCGAUGCGGCCAACGGCCAGCGCUACGACUCAAAAAGGCGCCAUCGGCACAAGUGUAGCGCCGCUUGCACGGUCGCACUUUGCACACGAUAUCCCACACGCUUUGCUGGAGCGCUUCACACAGCCGCCCACGCUGCACACCGACCCAGCGACACUCGCCCACGCGUUCAGCCGCUUGCUGCGCGCCGCAGUCUUGGCACAGGCGUCACGCGAGCCUGGCACGAUUGUCCACUUGCUCUUGCGGUGGCGUACAUGGCUUGCCGAUGUGCCUGGGCCGCCGUCGCGGUCGUUUGUGCUGGGCAACCUGCCGGAUCUGAUGGAGCGCGAUAUGGUGCCUGUAUUUCUGGACUGGCGGUCCAAGUACGGCGACGCUAUUCGUGUGUGGGGCAUGUUUGGGGAGCCGCGCCUCUUGCUCACGGACCCCGUCGGUCUGGACCAUGUGUUCAAGAAACGGCCCUACGUGUACCCCAAAGUGCAGAUCGUGCGGGACCUGCUGGGAAGUCUUAUGGGGAACGGACUGCUUCUUGCAGAGGGCGAUGUGCACCGCCGCCAGAAACGCGCGAUCCAACCAGGAUUCGCGCCGCGCGCCGUCCGUAACGUGACCAGCGCAUUUGACCGCUAUGCACACAAACUCGGCGAUCUCCUCCAGCAGCAUUGCGAGCGAAAUGCUUGCAUCGAUAUGCUGCCCAUGCUCAGCUCCGCAACGCUGGAUGCACUGGGUACCGCGGCGCUGGGAGUCGAGUUUCGUACGCUCGACGGGAUGCAAGCUGCGUCGGACGGCAACGCAUACGCAACGCACCCACUCACGGCCUCGUUUACGCACGUCCUCACUAUCGCGAUGCAAACAUCAGUUGCGCGCAACGUUCUCGAUGCCUUGUCCAUGCAUUUUCCCUGCUUGCGGUCCCUGCCCAUCGGCACCAAGUCGUCCGCAUUCCUCGAGGAAACCAACAAGCUGUUCGUGCUCGCGGACGAAAUUGUCGCAAACGCCAAAGCCGCGGCGCGAUCCGGGGCAGACGGCGCGACGCGCCCCGAUAUAUUCUCCUCACUGCUGCGCGCCAACACUAACACCGCCUUGUCCAAGGAAGAGCAGCACACGAUCCUCGACCGCACCACGCUCACCGAUCCAGAGCUCGCAGCGCAGAUCUCCACAUUUAUAUUUGCUGGGCACGAGACGACAGCCACGCAACUGACAUGGCUCUUUCUGAUGCUCGCAGAGAACCAAGCGGCGCAAGAGACACUGCGGGCAGAAAUCCGCACGUACAGGACGUCGCUGGGCCUUGAUCCCGUGCCGGGCACGGGCGAAAAUGCGCGCGACUUGACCGCAGAAGAGCUGGAUGCGCUGCCGUACCUGGAUUGGUGCAUUCGAGAAGCCUUGCGCCUUCAGCCUGCCAUCCACACUACGUCGCGCUCUGCGACAGAGCUGGAUUUCAUCCCAUUGUCCAACGGAGGCUCGGUUCGGAUGGAGAAGGAUACAUUGGUGCUUAUCCCCAUUGCAGCCAUCUCACAGGCACCGGUGCUGUGGGGAUCCGAUCCCCACAAGUUCAGGCCAGAGCGCUGGGCGGAGCCGCUCGAGGGCGCGCGCUUGUUUCCUGCCAUGGGCGGCCUCGCGUUCUUGCAAGGCGCCCGUGGCUGUAUUGGAGCGCGCUUUGCCGUCGCGGAAAUGAAGUCGUUUGUGAGCAUCCUCGCGAAUCGCUUCCUAUUCGCCUCGGACCAUCGGCGCAUCAUCCCCAAGCGCUGGGUCGUGUCGCGCCCAUUUGAUAUGCAGACACAACGUGUCGGGUGCAAGCUUCGCGUCGCCCGUGCGCCAUAG